GUGAUCUAGGUGUGUAGGGCAGGUGCAGGGUGUUUCCUCUCACACAGGUGUCUCCAGUGGCGAAGAGUGCGUGUGUUGUUUUCAGUCUCCUCCAACAAGGUAACCAGCAACCUAAAGACAAGAAUCAUGGUCGUGAAGGUCAAAAUCGAAUACUGUGGUGCAUGAGGUUACGAGCCUCGCUUCCAGGAGCUGAAGCGAGAAAUCUGUGGAAACUGUCCUGAUGCUGAGGUGUCCGGCUUCGUGGGCAGGAGAGGAUGCUUUGAGAUACAGAUCAAUGACUUUUUGGUUUUCUCAAAGCUGGAGUCAGGUGGUUUCCCUUACAGUGAGGAUAUUAUAGAGGCCGUUGUUAAGGCAAAGGAUGGGAAGCCUGAAAAGAUCACCAGGAACCGUAAAGAGUGCAUCAUCCUCUAAGGCUUUGACCUGCGAUCCCCCUUACCAUCUCAGCGGAGAUCCUUAUCAGCGUCUUAUUGGUCCACUGCACAACAUACAGUUUUAAAGCUCUUCACUUAUCUGCUUUAAUGCUCUAGUUUUUUUAGACAUAAAUGACUGCCUUGGCUCAAAGUUCAAAAGUUAAGGUAUGAAGCUUCAGUCUCUAAAAACUAAACCUAAGAGUAAUAAAGAAGAAAGUGAAGAGUACACAUUAUAUUAUUAUUUGAUUAAUUUAAAACCAAUGACCAUUUUUGUUAAUAGAAUAAUGAUUUUAUUCAUAUCCUACACACCUAUAGCCUCAUUCUUAUACUUACAACUUUCCAAGCAUGACUUAAAUAUAUAUUUAAAAGAAUUUCAAAGAUAACCCUUUUUAGCGCACUUGUUGUAAUACUCAUUGGGAAAAAUCUGUAGCAUGACUGGGUGUUAUGACAAGAGUUUUAUGACUAUAUGCACACAUAUAUAGGCAUAUGAUUGUAGUGUGGUCAGUAAAGUCAUGCUAUUAGAAUACUGCUUAAUUAUUAAAAGACUAAAUUAAAGUUCUAAAUGUUUUUCAUUCUUUGUAAUAGACCAAUAAUUUUAACCAUAGCCUGAAAUAUAUAUACAAAAUAGAAAUAUAAACGUAUAUAUGAAUCUGUGAAAUGAUUUCUGUGCCCAUGUAAUCAAUAAAAUCCAUAAAAUAAAA